AUGACAGCCUCGACCCCCGCCACCGCAGGGGAACCCCUUUCAUCGCCCAUUCGCUACCUCCCCACAACAGAAGCCUACGACCGCUGGGCCGCCGUCUACGACACGGACGGCAACUUCCUGCAAGCCAUGGACGACUCCGAGAUGGAGAACACGCUUUUCCCGCGCUUCCUCGACGCCAUCACCUCCCCCAAGCCCUGGCGCCGCGUCGAUCUAGGCUGCGGGACCGGCCGCAACACGGCGCGUCUGCUCAAAGUCCCGGGCGCAGAAGAGGUCGUGGCGCUGGAUGCCAGUCCGGGCAUGCUGGACGUCGCACGGGCACGCCUCCGGGCCCCAGCGUCCAGUACUAAAAGGGCUGAGGAGCAGGAUCAAGGCUGGGAGAGGCGGAAUAAGAAGCUGCAUUUUGCUCUCUUCGACCUCCUCAGCACGACCCAGUCUCAAUCCCGGCCGGAGUCCGCUCUCCCGGACAAUGCAAGCAACGCAGACGGCAUCAUCAGCACGCUCGUCCUCGAGCACAUCCCCCUCCCCACCUUCUUCUCGCAGGCCUCGGCGCUCCUGAGGCCGGGCGGCGUGCUUUUACUCACAAAUAUGCACGCCGACAUGGGGAAGAUCAGCCAGGCGGGCUUCGUGGACGUGGGGACGGGCGAGAAGGUCCGGCCGGUAAGUUAUAGCCAUGCGGUGCGGGAUGUUGUUGCGGAGGCGCGACGGUGGGGGUUGGAAGUUGUUGGGUGGAAUGGGAAUGGGAAUCAUAAUGGGAUUGUGGAGCGUGGGGUUGAGGAGGAGAUGGUUGGAAGGCUUGGGGCGAGGAGUCGGAAGUGGGUUGGUGUUACUUUAUAG